AUGUUUAUCGGCGGCUUAAAUUGGGAGACGACAGAACAAUCUCUGAAGGACUACUUUUCACAAUUCGGCGAGGUUAGCGAGUGCACCGUCAUGCGUGACUCCGCCACCGGCCGUUCGCGAGGCUUCGGCUUCUUGACAUUCAAGGAUCCAAAGUGCGUCAAUACCGUCAUGGUCAAGGAGCACUACCUCGACGGCAAAAUCAUUGACCCGAAGCGAGCAAUUCCACGAGAAGAGCAAGAGCGGACGAGCAAGAUUUUUGUAGGCGGUGUUAGCCAAGAAGCAACCGAAGAAGACUUCACGAGCUUCUUCAAGCAAUUCGGCCGCGUAGUCGAUGCAACGCUGAUGAUGGACAAGGAGACUGGUAGACCCCGUGGCUUCGGUUUCGUUACCUUCGACGGCGAUGCCGCAGUGGACGCCACACUCAAGGGCCCUCUCCAGAUUCUCGGCAAGCCCAUUGAAGUCAAGCGCGCCCAACCACGUGGCAACAUGAAGGACGACGAAGGAGGUGAUAACAGAAAAUUUGGCCGUGGCAACAAGUUCAAUAACCGCGACAAUGGCGGCGGUAACGGCCAAGGCAACGGCGGCGGCUACGACAACCAGAACAACCAGCAACAAGGUGGCGGCGGCGGUAACAGCGGCAUGAGCCCGGCCAUGAUGGCACAGUACUGGCAGCGCAUGCAGCAGUACUUCCAGUCGAUGCAACAAUCUCUCGCCGCCCAGCAGCAAGGCGGCGGCAUGCCAAACCCCAUGGCUGGCAUGGGCGGCAUGAACCCAAUGCAAAUGCAGCAAAUGCAGCAGCAGAUGAUGGGCGCAGGCAUGAACCGUGGUACUGGCUCCCCGAACCCUCAAAUGAUGGGCCAAGGGAUGAACCCGAUGCAGAUGCAACAGAUGCAGCAAAUGCAGCAGAUGCAGCAGAUGCAAGGUGGAGGAGGACAACAGGCAAUGAUGGCUGCUGGCCCGCAAGGUGGCCCACGACCGGCGUAUACAGCACAAGACCAGUUGAUGUUCGAGCAGCAGAAAUACGAACAACAGCAAGCACGGCGUCAACAGCAAUCGGGAGGCUAUGGUGGCCAAGGUGGGCCCACGAGCUGGGAGGGCAUGUACGACGACAUCCCGCAACCCUCGAUUCCUAGCGGACCUGGGGGCGCUGGACGUGGCAACUUUGGCAGCGGUAGUGGUAAUGGUAGCUUCAGCAAGCAGGGCAGCAGGGGCAGUCGUCAGGGCUCGUCACAGCCUCCUUCUGGACCGAGCCAGGCGCCUAUCAAUGCCCCGACCGGUCCUAAGAAUGCCGGUAAGCCCGGUGCGAACUAUCGUGGCGGUGGUAGGACCAACAACUACCGACACAACCCGUACGGCGGCGGCCGUGGUGGUUAG